AUGGGGAGGCUGUUUGUGGUGAAUUUGGAAGGGAAGAUCUACAGUUGCAAGCACUGUAGGACCCAUCUUGCUCUCAGUGAAGAUAUCGUUUCCAAGUCUUUUCACUGCAAGCAUGGGAAAGCUUAUCUCUUCAAUAAGGUUGUUAAUGUCACCCUUGGAGAGAAAGAAGAUAGAGUGAUGAUGACUGGUAUGCAUUCCGUAGCUGAUAUUUUCUGUGUUGGAUGUGGAUCAAUCGUGGGUUGGAAAUAUGAGACUGCCCAUGAAAAGAGCCAGAAGUACAAAGAAGGAAAAUCUGUCCUUGAGCGGUAUAAGGUGUUUGGUCCUGAUGGUAGCAACUAUUGGGUCACUCAUGAAGCACAUAUUGGUGGAAGUGACGCGGAUGAUGUUUGAUGGCAUGAAACAAAGAUCAUGGUUGAUUGCCUCUUAUUCUCCAAUUGUACAUAAUUUAACCCCCAAAAUCCUUUCAAUUGAACUUGUGGAUUCCCAAAUUGUUUGCUUAUCGACUCGGCUUUGCCACAUUGACAUAAAUGGGAACCCUCCAUUGUUUCUGAAUUCCUGUAUCAUGUAUUCUGUUCAAACUGUCUUUGUAAAUUAUCCUAAAUGGUAAGCAAUUUACUUUGUGUCAAACAUUUUAUGUC